AUGGCGUCGCCACCGUCGCAGACUCUCACCAAGCGCAAUGCCGACACAUCACUCAUGCCGCCCCCGCCGGCGCCAAAACGGAUCAAGAGGCCAUCCCAGGUAGUCGACGAAGAUGUCUAUACCGACGCCCUAUCACACAUCAUCGCCCGCGACUUCUUCCCUGGUCUCCUAGAAUCCGAAGCACAGCAGGAAUAUAUGCAAGCGCUGGACUCGAACAACAACGAUUGGAUCCGAGAUGCUGGCCGCAAACUGCAUCAAGCCAUGACUCCCGGUCCAAGAGCUAGAAGAGGCACCAGCUUAGCGACAAGUACCAGCCAAACACCGCGCGGAUGGCAGGGCGCCACUCCCUCAAGGACACCGAGUGUUGCUCCCUCAAUAGCAUCCUCUGAGACGGCAAGGUCAACAGUCGAUACCUCGUUAUCCUUGGGCGCAUUCCAGGCCAAAUACACAUCCGAAGACAACGAGUCGUUCAACGCCCUACUUGAUCGUCAGAACCAAAAACGAGCAGAGAAAUACGCCUUCAUGUACAACGGCAAUAAGCUACCCUCGAAACAACAAAUCGCCCAGCAGAAACUGCUUACUCAAAAUGCCGCCACUUCCUCGACGGCGCUUGUCAAACGACCUUCUCAAGACCUUGACGAGCGUUCCGCAAGCUACGACUCGUUUCCAAAUCGCCAGGGUCCUCGCAACACUUUCAUGUUCGACCCCGAGGGUGUAGAAGACACGCACGAAACCGUUGCUCAAGCCGCUCAAAGCGCCUCCGUCGCACCGCCAAAAGCGAUCUCAUACGCCUCAACCCGCCUCCCUACCUCCUCCUCGCUGGAAACCGACUCAUCAAUACCUGCCUCUCCCUCCAUCUCCGCCAUCGAUGCAGCAAUAGCCGGUCGACCCCGCCAUUCCGACACUUCAACAACAGCCUACAGCGGUGCCGAAACCCCUCGUGUAAAUGGCUACGCUUUCGUAGACGCUACACCCCUGCCCCACGAGUACCCCGGCCAGCCUGUCUCCGAAGCUGAAGUUGAAGCUGAAGAACGAGCAUCCGCAUUAGCACUCCUACCCUCCUACGACCCAGACGCCGAUAAUAAUCCCUUCAAACUCCAAGCCGCAAGCAAAAGAGAAGAGAUACAUAAUCGUCUGGUUGAAAAGUCAAAUACCGCAAGACGGAAGCCGGGAGGAGGCGGAAGAUUGGACUUCUUGAGAGGAGAAAAAGGACAAGGAAGGACUCCGACACCGAAAUUUGCCACAAGUCCUGCUGUCGGGAAGAGGACACCGGCGGCGGAAAAUAUGACACCGGCAGCUAGGGCGUUGGCUCAGAGGAUUGGCGGUACGCCGGGGAGGAGUGGGGGAUUAUUUGGAGGCACAUCGAAGAGCUGGACACCUACACCUAGGGUGAAAAAGCCUGGUGUUUGA